AUGGGGAACCGCAGUGCCGCGGACGCGGGCGGGCUGCUGGCUGGGCGCGGGCCGGGCGCGGCGGACCCGGGGCCGGCUGCGGGGCUGUCGGGGCCGGGCGCGGCGGCGCUGGUGGGGGGCGUGCUGCUCAUCGGAGCGGUGCUCGCGGGGAACUCGCUCGUGUGCGUGAGCGUGGCCUCGGAGCGCGCCCUGCAGACGCCCACCAACUACUUCAUCGUGAGCCUGGCGGCCGCCGACCUCCUGCUCGCCCUGCUCGUGCUCCCGCUGUUCGUCUACUCCGAGGUCCAGGGCGGCGUGUGGCUGCUGAGCCCCGGCCUCUGCGACGCGCUCAUGGCCAUGGACGUCAUGCUGUGCACCGCCUCCAUCUUCAACCUGUGCGCCAUCAGCGUGGACAGGUUCGUGGCCGUGGCCGUGCCGCUGCGCUACAACCGCCAGGGCGGGGGCCAUCGCCAGCUGCUGCUCAUCGGCGCCACGUGGCUGCUGUCGGCGGCGGUGGCGGCGCCGGUGCUGUGCGGCCUCAACGACGUGCGCGGCCGCGACCCGGCCGUGUGCCGCCUGGAGGACCGCGACUACGUGGUCUACUCGUCCGUGUGCUCCUUCUUCCUGCCCUGCCCGCUCAUGCUGCUGCUCUACUGGGCCACGUUCCGCGGCCUGCGGCGCUGGGAGACGGCCCGGCGCGCCAAGCUGCACGGCCCGGCGCCCCGUCGGCCCAGCGGCCCCGGCCCGCCGCCCCCCGACGCCGUCCAGCCCCCGGCCCCGCCGCCCCCCGACGCCGUCCAGCCCCCGGCCCCGCCGCAGGCCCGCAGGAGGAGGCGCGCCAAGAUCACCGGCCGUGAGCGCAAGGCCAUGAGGGUCCUGCCGGUGGUGGUCGGGGCCUUCCUGGUGUGCUGGACGCCCUUCUUCGUGGUGCACAUCACGCGGGCGCUGUGUCCCGCCUGCUUCGUGCCCGCGCGGCUGGUCAGCGCCGUCACCUGGCUGGGCUACGUCAACAGCGCCCUCAACCCCGUCAUCUACACGGUCUUCAACGCCGAGUUCCGCAGCGUCUUCCGCAAGGCCCUGCGCCCCUGCUGCUGA